AUGACAAAAAGAGAGCCUCAUAGCAUUGCGAUUAGCUCAUUUAACUCCAACCAUUCCUCAUAUGAUAUAUUCCGACCCUCAUUUACUCCAUUGAUUGUCCAACCGUUUCUAGUCGAGCUUGAACUCGGAAGGUACGAAAAGAGCACCGGAUUAUAUGAGUUUGACACGAACAAGAAAAUUGUAGAGAUUGCAUGUGGGACCGGUAAGUUCACCAAGAACCUAGUUGAUAAUGGCUGGACAUCAAACUUGACUGUUGUUGAGCCAUCAAUAGGAAUGUUGGAAACUUUUCGUAGGAAUUUUCCCCAGAUUAAAAAUAUUCAAGCGUCAAGUUUUAAUACUACACUUGAAAACACAUCUGUAGACGCAAUUAUAAUUGCACAAGCUUUCCAUUGGUUUGCAGAUGAAGUUAGUUUGAAAGAGUUUAGUCGAAUUCUUAAACCUCGCGGUAAAUUGGGGCUAAUUUGGAACUUUGAUUCCUCUUCACCUUCUCAAAAGUCAAAUGCUGAUGAUUGCAAAUUUUACAAUGCAAGUAGUCGUUAUUUUAAUACAUUAACAUUUAAAGGUAACAAUGAACAAGUUUUGGCUCAAUAUUUUGCCAAUCAGAAAUGGAACGAGGAAGUGACCAAAUAUAUCUACAGUUUUGAUAUAAACGUUCCUCAAUAUCGUCACGGCAAAUGGAAACAAAUCUUACUAAAUAAUCCAUAUUUUGAAUCUCAUAUCUCGGAUUCAUUUGCUUUAUAUGAUCAAGAGAUUAACAAGGAUGACGUUUGGAAGUAUUGGGAAACAAGAUCCUACAUUACUGAUUUGAGUCCCGAUAAAAAACUCGAAAUCAAAAAACAUGUUGAAGAUUUGAUUAAAAAAUAUGCGCAAAACUCCAGUUAUGUCGAUGAAAACAAAAGACUAUUGAUAAAACCAAUGGCGACCCAUGCCGUGGUGAUUUCUGUUAAAAACAAAAACAAAGAAUAUUUAAUUUAG